CGAAAUCUCAGCUCAGACUGCCUGCUAAGAACUACACGUGGGAAUAUUACUGCAGAUCAGAAAAAUGGUUCUUUUUCUCUGUUGUAAAGAUAUUCUUGUUGCACCUUCAAUCUUGAAAUUCAUGGGAUGGGCUACAAGAAAAGAGAUGGGCUGGCUUUCCUGAAGCAUUUACGAACAGGGACACUGAAACUUCCUGCAAGUUCAUUCCUUGCUAAAGAUAAGAGGACGGACAUACAGCCACCGUUUCAUAGAGUGUGUGUUUGUAUCCAAAUUCUCAUCAUUUUCUAUGAUUUGCCAUGGAGAAGAUCUCAGUGUCAGCAUUCUUGCUCCUUGUCGCCCUCUCUUACACACUGGCCAAAGAUAUCACAGUCAAAUCAGGAGCUAAGAAGGACACAAAGGACUCGGCACCCAAACUGCCCCAGACCCUCUCCAGAGGUUGGGGUGACCAACUCAUCUGGACUCAGACAUACGAAGAAGCUUUAUACAAAUCCAAGACAAGCAACAAACCCUUAAUGAUUAUUCAUCACUUGGAUGAAUGUCCACACAGUCAAGCUUUAAAGAAAGUGUUUGCUGAAAAUAAAGAAAUCCAGAAAUUGGCAGAGCAGUUCGUCCUCCUCAAUCUAGUUUAUGAAACAACUGAUAAACACCUUUCUCCUGAUGGCCAGUAUGUCCCCAGAAUCAUGUUUGUUGACCCAUCCCUGACAGUUAGAGCUGACAUCACUGGAAGAUACUCGAAUCGUCUCUACGCUUACGAACCUUCAGAUGUAGCGCUCUUGCUUGACAACAUGAAGAAAGCUCUCAAAUUGCUGAAGACUGAAUUGUAGAGAAAAAGCAACAUGUGCAAGCUUUUCCUUCUGUGUCAGGCCUUGAGACUUAAGAAGAUCCUAGAAGACUUUGGAGAAUGCAGGAACACAGAUGGACACACUGAUUAAUUAGAUCAGGGUUAUUGUUACAACAGUUACUUUUUUUAAAUUUGAAGUAUAUAUGUAUGAAAACAAUCUUGCAUACUACCAUAGUCAGCCAUGAUUUUUUUUAAAAAAUAAAUCCUUUUGGGGGUGUUCAAUGUUA